UUGGGUCAGAGUCAAAGAAGAACUGCUCCUCCACACGGCAGCCAGGGCCAUGGAGGGGAGGCGACAAGGCAACGAGCCACCCAGACCCACCCACCCCUCCUCCCGCAACUACCUGCUCUCGGUCUCGGUUCGGCCUCGCCCUUGGCUCCUUUCCUCGUCUGCGUGACCCCCUCGCCUCGACCCCUCUUCUCGCCCGCGCCUGUGCUCGCCACACGCGACGCAACCGCCCCGCCCAGCAGCCCAGCCGGAAGGAGAAGAAGAUCCCGCUCCGCCGCCUGCGCGUCGCUUCGAACCGGAGGUCGAGUUACUCUCCAUAUGGACUCUUUUCGAAGAGCUCUCAAUGAGCCAAGUUGCUUGGAAGAAACUGUCGUCCAACAAGGGAUCGAAAGAUGCCCGUUCCUGAGGAACAUCAAUCAGCCUACAAGCUUUUCCUUCUCGUCUGUCAACUUUCCUGUUCCCGCAAGAGGAGCCAAGGGACCAAUUUUUGAAGAUGGACCUAACUUUGACAUGGCAUUUCGAGUUUUCCAUGGUAGAGAUGGGGUCGUCCCACUUUCAGAAGGAUCAUUUCCACAGAUUGAGAAGCCAUUGCCCAAGCCCAGUCCUGAGUUCAACCCCCUGGCGGCCAAAGCAGCAACCAUCAGCCUAUCGGCAUUUGGAGGCUUUUUCAGCUUUGGCGACUUCUCAAAUAAGCGCAAUAAGAAAAAUUUCAACAAAAAGAACCCCAACAACCUCCCCCAGAAUAAAGGCCAGUCUAACAACCAUGAAGCACUGAGCAACGAGUGGCUGGAAAAUGGCCAAUGUCCACUUGCAAAGUCAUAUAGAGCAUUAAGUGGCGUCGUACCUCUUGUGGCAAAGAUGAUGACACCCCCAGCUGGUAUGAAACUGAAGUGCCCGCCUGCAGUGGUUGCUGCCCGCGCAGCAAUAUCCCGCACAGCCUUUGCAAAGGGGCUUCGCCCUCAGCCCCUGCCAACAAAAAUACUGGUGAUUGCAUUGCUUGGUAUGGCAGCAAAUGUUCCUCUCGGCAUCUGGAGGGAGCACACACAGAAGUUUUCAGUGCAGUGGUUUGCUGCGGUGCAUGCUGCAGUGCCUUUCAUAGGGAUGCUCAGGAAAUCUGUGCUGAUGCCAAAGAGCGCCAUGGCCCUUACUAUUGCUGCCUCAAUAUUGGGUCAGACGAUCGGGUCAAGAGCUGAACGUAUCAGAUUAAAGAGGGUGGCUGCAGCAAGAUCAGCAAGAGAGGGCCAUGAUACCGCCGAUUGCAUCAAAGCACCGAUGAGUCUGAAGACUGGAAACCGCAAUGUUGUUCAGUUUUGGGAUCCGCUUGCCCUCAGAGUUGAGAGUACUGUGGGCACAGGUUCCCCAGCAGUUCUUGUCCCUGCCAUUGGUGGUUUCAAUUGAUGAAUGAUUGGCUUCAUUUCGAUCGGAUCAGCAUUGCUGAUUGUUGUAUUUUUUUUCUGCUUAAAACAAAUUGAUUGUUGUAUUCAUUAUUGUACCUGUGAAUUCAAAAAAGAGUUAAUGGUCACGUCAAAUUCUUCACUCCGUUGUGGAAGGAACAUUUCAGUGAAUAAUUUUGAGAAUAUUCUCAUUUCA